AGGUUGAAGCUGCAAUGUCUCCAGAAUGUUGAAACGACUUUCCUAUGUCACCAAUCCUCAGAGGUUCAGACCUAAGGAAUCAGCCAUUAUCACCAAAUAGUAAGACCUGUGUGCCAAGGAUGCCCAGUACUUUCAGUGUAGUCUGACUUGGUAUUACCUCCAAGUGUGAGGCAGAAUUCCCCUUGAGAUUACAAGAUGUUGCUUGCACAGUAUUUUGGAUCUUAGACUUCACCACUAGUAUAAAGCCAUCAUUAUCGUCAUGGUUAUAAUGUAGCCCAAUAGAAGGAACAUGUUUUUAUGUAGGAUUGAACAUAAGCUGAUCGAUGCAUGAUGAAUCGACCUCACUCAAAUAAUUGCAAUAACAUUGUUGUCGCAGAGGCACAGUUCGACACCCACCAUUCUCAGUUUCUGCAUAAAGUCACGUCCAAUGGAAACCCUGAGAACUCUGAGGAUUCAUGUGUUUCUGUUGACGGAGGGUACAGUUCUGUCGAUCGUGAAAACUCGUUGGAAUAUCAUCCCAAGUGUAUUCCAAAAUCUCGAAAUCAUGUGGAUCAGUCUCCAAUGCCAGGAUCAUUUCUGGAUGGGCCCUUCGCUAAAGAGUCAUAUCACAUGGUAGAUCCAAGGCAACAAACAUUGCAGAAUGGAAACAUGGACCCUCAUACUUCUCCAAGAUAUCCAGUUCGAGGUGAACCUAAGCAAUUCUUGGAUUUUAGGAAAACCUCCGAUGAUUUUCAAGGGCAAAUACAUGUACCUACCCUGAACGGACUCUCGUUGACUUCUAACUCGUUGGACGGUUAUCAGGGUAAUUUGCAGAAUGGCUAUCCUGACAAAUCGCCAACUCAGAGAUACUCUGCCCAAGGUGCUCCUUUCCGUUUUUCAUAUUCUGGGGAGGCUGUAGAUGAAACACAAAGGCAAGACCCAUUCACAACUAAUGGACCCCCAUUGACACCCAACACUCAUAGUGGGCCAACAAGCCCUAGACCACCACCUGUCAUUCGGAAACAUUCCUCGUUUACGAGACAGAACGCCAUCGAGGAGGAAAUAGAUGAUCAUGAUGAGCUCAAUGAUUCUGGGUUUGGGUCCAUGUGCAGAACAGCCAGCUAUGAAAAGCCAAGGAGAAGCCGCUCCAGGGAUGUGAGUGAUGCUCCCAAUGAAGAAGUCAACAACAAUCUGGCCCCUAGGAAGCUGCAGAGAUCGCAGUCAAGUCAGGAGAGGACUGACAAUGAACUCGCCCAAUUCCAUGCCGAGAAACGUCGGUGUUCAUCAGAGCAGUUGCAACGGAGCAAUGGGAGCAGUGGAUAUCAUUCUGGUAAUGGUUACCAGGGAGAUCUUGCCAGAUCCUUGAUAGCCAAGUUUUCUGAUUUAGCAAAAGGAACAUCUGCUCAGUCAGCAACAUCCACAGAACAUUCACCUACAUCAUCAGAGUAUGAUGACACAGAGGUAUUCAUCGGUGGAUUAAGAGAUAGACUCAAUUCAUGUAAGUCAGAGAGAUGGGAAGCUGCUGAGGUUCAUAAGGAGAUUUUGUCUGAUCCAAAACUUACAAUGAAAUACGAUCUCACCAGUGAGGAAUAUCGUCAGCAGAGGGAACUCAUAUCAUUUGAGGUUUUUCGUAAUGACGUCCAACCUUUCGAACCCUCACUUGUGCUCUUCAAUGGCAACCUGCCAUCUUCACCACAAAGUGACAAGAAUGUGAGAGAUGUGCCUGAAAGAUCAUCUGAGCUAGAGAUUAGUUCUAGUGAAUCAAGUCAAUCUCAAGAUGAUAGUGCAGUCCCAAUCGAGGCUCCGAGAGGUGCUCCUGAUCAUGCUGAUAUCCUUGAUGAAGAAACGAAGGAACACCUACAGACAAUCCUUGAGGAGAGCGCAUACUGUGAGGAAAUGAAACACAACACUUGUUUCCAAUGCUGGAAGACAAAAUUUCAUGUGAAUUUAUUUGAGAAGUGCUAUCGGAAUGAAAAGCUUGACCGGUGUGACCACUGCAAAGAGAUGGUCAAAGCAUACCGGAAUCAUAGCGAGAGCUGCACGUCAGACCGAUGUGUGCUGCCAUUUUGUGGCUUCAUCAAGGAUCUAUACAGUGAGACAGGGCUUCUUCAUGACCUUGAUAAGCGUCGUUGGGAGGAUGUGUUAGGAUGUUUGAUGAAGAAGAAAGAAUUGGAUGUUUUAGAAAGACUUCAUGAACUGGAAGAGUUGCAUCAUCCUACUGAUGACGGAGUGGAAUUAUGGAGUUUUGAUGCAAACGCAGAAAGUUACUUGAGGAGGGGCCAGCCUUUCAGUCAACUGACAACAGAGCGCAGACUUUGCAAAUUUGGGCACUUCACUCCCAUCCGUUGCAAAGCCAGGAGGCUGGAGCCAAUGAUCAGUGUGGUCAUCAAAAAGGUUCGAUGGUGUUCAAAUUUGACAUCUACUCUCCGGAAACUUCACUCAAAGAGUUCACCAAGCCUCAAAGAUAUCAUCUCAACAUGUCUGUGGCACAAGAAAUUGAAAGGAGAUAAGCUUCUCAUCUGUUCAACCUACCUCUACGGAGAUAGUCUGUCAUCCGUUCUUAAUUCUAUAGAGGACAUUUGUGAGAAAUGGUGGAUAGAAGCAUGCAAAGCCGCUGUUAAGCUCCAUGAGUUAAACAUACUCUACCUCAACUGGAAAGUGGAUCAUUUGGUCGUGACCCAUGAUGAUCGUGUGAAGCUGUGCAACUUGGACUAUGCUGUAGACAUUUCAUGUAGCUCAUCUUAUGGGGAACUGAGAGGGUCUCUCUGUGAAGAUUGGAGAGGAAUAGAUGUUCCGGAGCGUGUGAGAAAGGGGCUGGAUCCUCGAAUAGCGCCUCCUGAGGUCCUAGAUGGAAGAGGAUUGACUAUGAGGUCAGAUACAUGGGGUCUAGGAUGCCUGUUAUAUCAGCUAUACAAUGAUGGGUGCCUCCCAUAUCGUGAUCUCAGUCACAUGAGCGAUGAUGCCAUCAGGGAGGAGAGACUGAGGGUGAACAAAGAACAUUCUGAGCUGGUCAAAGAUUCACCUACAUUUAGGACCAGAUUACUGUCUGAGCUAUGCUGGCAGCACGAUCCGAUGAAGCGAAAAUUACCAGGACAAUUAGAAAAAUGCCUUCAAACCUACAAUGACUUAGAUCUACAUCAGCUUUAUUAUGAUAUGACACAGAUUAAUGGUAAUGUUGUAGGGACUAAUUAACUUGUGGAAAUGAUGGUAAUCAUGAAUAGUUUAUCGAAUUCUUAUGUCUGUGGCAUAAGAUUAUGUUCAGAUGGAUACAUAAAGAAUCAUGAAAUGGUUCCAUGGCACCCUUGUAUGUGAUUUGGUAAUAUUGAUUCGGCAACACUGUGAAGCAUGAGCUCUAUGGCAAAACAUAUAGUGAACAGAUGAAUUCCUGAAAAAUUCAUGAUAAAAGAAUCACCUAUUGCUUCAAAAAGAUGUAGAAAUUAGCAAGCGAUUUGAAGAGCGUUUCAUCUCCAUUUGUCAUCAUGACAUGACAACUUUGGAUGGUUUGAUUUGCUUUGAAGCAGUUACUAUGAUGACUGUAGGAUAAAGUAGACUCUGUCGGAUAAACGUUGGAAGUGUCGUUUCACGAAACGCACCCAGAUUUCCCAGGUCUUUUCUUAGAAUAAGAUGAUUAAUGUGUAGGUGUCCACAUGUGCAUACACAUAGUGCGUUUCUUUUCAGAAUCUUGAAUCAGUACUUGAAGGAUGAUGAUCCACAACAUUUAUAUUGCGCCAUGUUUCUGUUAAAAACAUCAAUAGUGGCAGGCUCAAAUAGUUAAUUAAAUAAGCUUAUUACCACACAUCUGCUGAAAUAAGUGAGUUUUGAGGGACGAUUUGAAUAGAAGGAGAUAGAAAAUGGAACUAAACUGGUAUUCAUGCAACAUUCUACCUCUUUUGUAUUCCAACUGAAUUAGAUUAACUAAUGCUAGAUUAACUCGACCUAGAUUUAGUCAAACUGAAUUGUUACUAAAUUUAAUCAAACUGGAUGUGCUAAAACUUGAUAUACUCAAAGUAGAUUUACUCAAACUGAAUUAACUCAAACUAGAUUCACUCAAACUAGAUUUACUAAAAUUAGAUUUACUCAACCAGAUUUACUCAAACUAGAUUUACUCAAAGUAGAUUUACUCAAACCAGAUUUACUCCAAACUAGAUUCAUUCAAACCAGAUUUUCUUAAACUAGAUUCACUCAAACCAAAUUUACUCAACUAGAUUUACUCAAAACCAGUGGGCUAGUACGAUUUGUUAGAUGGAUAAAAUACAAAUACCAGUGAAAGUAAAAGUAAAAAAAUAUCAGUGAAAAUUAGAAGAAAAAGAUAAAAAUAUUAAACAGUUAUUCAUACUUGAAUUGUUUUAAUGAUGAAGCCAAUGUAUAUCUCCUGUUGAAGUCAUUCAGAAAUUCUUCAGAACCCUUUUACAUGUGAUUUAUCAACAACAACUCUGACAAGUUUUUAAAAAGUUUUCAUAAGUGUUCAAUGUAUGCAUUUGCCUAUGUAAGUAUACCAUCAUUAAAUUCAGACCUGCAAUUUCGAAAUUAAUAAACUUCUAUAUAUCGAGUAGAAAUUUGCUUCAUUAAAAAAAAAGAUUUCAUUAGGAGAUGUAGAAUAUCAUUCAUUUUCUUCAUUCUUCAAGUCAUAUGCUUCCUCUUUUAUAUCUUCCACUGUCGUUCAAGUACCUUAGUAUAUUGUUUAUAACUCUUAAUAUGUGGCCGUAAUAUAUUCUUCCCAGUUUAUCUUUUCUCCCCCUCUCUCCAUCUUCGUCUUUCAUUUUUACCACCAUUUUACGUUUUGAAAUAUUUUGCUAGACAUUCCUCCAUCACUAAUUAGUCUGCUGGGCAAACCCUUCACUCGAGUUAAGGGUCUGAAUGUGCAGGCUACUCAUGCCUUGUGUACCGAAGGCUCUCUCGCUCAGGCAAGUUUUGUAUGUGCUAGUCUUUGCAUGGAGGCACACUUGUUGAUCUAUGUUCCAAUCAGGGUCUGUGACUGCAGACUAAUCAUUACUUGCCAUCAUUAACAUGAUUUUGUUUCAGUCUUAAAAAAUUCGACCAAGGUCUGGUUUCACAAAUUGCUAAGAUUGAUCACUAGACUAAUAUUAUAAUUGAUUGCAAUGAUCAUUAUGUGAAAUUUAUCUUAAAUAAACAACCCAAUGAUCAAUUGCUGAAUUCAUGUGAGUGGGUCCCUGGAUAAGUGUUUAAAUGAGGAUUAUAAGUAGGUUGGUUCAACAACAUUUGCUCUGGCGACAAUUGCUCCAAUGGAAAGUCUGCAUGUUAAACCAAACAUAAACCUUUACCUCCAAAACUAAAUAAGCCAUAAUCUUAUUCUUUACUUUAUUCUGAACCAACAACUCUAUUUCAAUCAUAACUCUAACCCUAUGCCCUCUGAGAUAUUAGGACCAAAACAAAUGUUGCAGGAGCAAAUGUCGUGUCACCUAUAAGUGAUCCAAUGUAUUGCAUUUUGAAUUGUUUUGUUUAUGAUGUGAAUCAUUCAAAAUGUUUGUAAAAUUUGUGGGCACUAAUGAAGUUAUGAUAAUUACUGCCAGAUUCUGCAGUAUUGAAUAUUGUAUAUAUGGACACAAUGUGCUUGUAAGAAAAUGUAAAAAGAUGUUUGCCCUGAACUAUACUAGUUGGAAAAGAAAUUAGGAAAGAAAACAAUGUAAAAAAUGUUUUUGCCUUUUAAUAUGUAUCAUAUAAGUAUGUGUUAUGGUCUGGGUACUGUAACAGUCUAUGGCACAUUUAGACAGUUUUUUAGGAAGAAUGACUAUCUGAUUUGUAAUAUAUGAAUAGUAUGUGUAUAAUAGAUGUGUACUGUAUAGUUUGUGUGAGUGUUACAUGAAUUCAAUUUUGCAUUCCAAUCUAUUUGAUGUACAGUUCUAAAUGUGUGUAAAAUUUAUCGGCCUUGACAAAGUAUUGUGAAAAUUUACAAUUUUAGCCAAAUGUCAUAAAUUUUGCUUGAUUUUAUUUCAAAAUCCAUAUUUUUUCAUAACUAAACAGUGUGAUAAAAGUAUUAAACUAUAGUUUUGGAUGUGAAAUUGACAAGGGUCCUUAUUUAGAAGUACUCCAAUCAUGUAGCAAUUCCUCUGGAUGACGCUACAGAGUAUAUUUGAAUUUAUUAUUGGAUUCAUCUUUUAUUGUCAAUAUUGAAUAUUGAUUUCUUGUUGUUCCCUAUAUUCAUAAAAACAUGAUGAAUUUGACAGAAAAUACAAUACAAUAAUUAUGUAAGAAUUGACAUGAUACACAGUCAUUGAAAUUAUUAUCGGUAAGUUUAUGAAAGGAUACUCCAGGCUGAAAUAAAAUGAUGUGUAUCAUAAGGAUGAAAUAAAACAAGCAAAUCACAACAAAUUUAUCAAAAUCGGUUGAAGACUAACCAAAUUAGUUUCAUAAAACCUUCUUAGAAUGAAUAAGGGAAAUAAUUUUCAUAACUUGUGUGAAAAGUGAAAGAAUAGUAAUAUGGGAUAUGAUAUCAGUUUACUCAUUGCAUAUUCAUGCAUAAAUGCAUACACAGUUCAUCUAAGUAAUGUAAAACUUUAAGAAUUCUGUUAUUGAAUGGAUUUUGAUGAAUAACCAACAUUUUACUUUACUAAUGUUAUUCUAUUUAUUCAAAUCUUAUCAUUUUUAGCCUGGGGUACCCAAUGCUUUGGGGCUUUUCAGUGUAUUCAGUUUAAUUCACUUUUAUUCAUCUUGUCAUUUUCAUUUAUAAUUUGGAAAUAUGAACUCACAUAUUAAGAUGUUGACAAAAAAACAAAUUCAAAAGAAUAGUAGCAAAAUACAAGCUGUGCCCAGUAUUCAUAGAGUAUUAAAACAGUUAUAUUAUUGGAAACAAAUUCAUAAAUAUAACACCGGUAUAC